AUGAAAUCGGCUACGUUUACAGAACCACGUUUACUUCAUUCUAAAGGAUUUAUUCAGUUGUGCGUAGAUAAAAGUGACACGGAUAAAAGUGGGUCAUUUCUCUCCGUUGGUACUGAUGGUGACGUCUGGAUUUGGACGGGUGAUGAAUUAGAUGAUGCAGAAUAUGAUCCGAAAAGUAUCAAAGGAAGAACACAUUUUGCUAUCGCAUGGCAUAAAGAUGACGUGUAUAUUGGAUAUACAAGUAUGAAUCCUCAAACAGGAAUCGAAAAACCAACCGUAUCUCGUUUCGAAAAAAAUUCUUUACAAUUGGUAACUCCAGUAACUUCGUUUUCGCUUGAUAUCACUACUAUUGAUGUUUCGAAAUCAGGGAAAUUUUUAGCAGUUGGUUCGAUCGAUCACAUUGUGAAAAUCAUAGACAUGGAGACAGGUGACGUAGUUCGUAAUGAGACAAGUGGGCAGAUAAUGUGUGUUGCAUUCGACCCAAAAGAUGAAUAUUUGGCUGUAACCGCAACUGAUGGAAUGUUGCGUGUUUUCUCGUUGCAAUCAAAAACUGAAUUUUCAGAACCAGUCACUAUAAGAAUUUGUUCCCGCAUCAUUGAUAUUGAACCAUCAAACUCUCGUCUGCAACUGUGUUGGAAUCUUUCUGGCACCAUUUUAUUUGUUCCUGCUUUAGGAUGUGUUAGGCAGUUCACAAGAGAUUCAUUCAAAGAGAUAGCAAGAUUAUCUCCACCAGACAUAUAUGAAAUGUUCAGUAUCUGUUGUGUAUCACCAUGUGGAACAUACAUGGCUUCAUCAGCAAUAAAUGGAUCAAUUUGUGUUUGGAACAUUGAAAAAGAAGAAUUACUAACUUGUAGUAAGUACCAAAUAAAUGGAAAGCCAAGAAUAAUUUGUUCAAUGUUCUGGCACCGUUCAUUAUCAGAUACAUUGUUUUUUGCGGAUACUGAGGAAAAUAUAUGUUCAUUAAAGAAAUGCACCGGUCAUAAUUCAAAUGAGAUUGAUUUGGCAGAGUCUCACUUAUCCAAGCUAUCUGCCGAUUUAACCGCAAUCAAGAAAUCCUAUGGAUUUGAUGAAGAAGGAAACUUUAGUGGAAUUAUUGGCGAAAGUGAGAAAAGCCUUUUCGAGAAAAAAGAAGCUGUCUUGCCUGUCUACAAGCAUCCGAUACUUCCCAAAACUUUUGUGGCAGGUUCUACGCCUGAACAUCUGAAUAACAGAUAUUUGAAAUGGAAUCAGUAUGGGACAAUAAUCAGCUCGAAUAAUGGUGAUAGUUCUGCCAUUGAGAUAAACUGGCAUGAUAUAUCAGUGCAUCCCGAAAUUAUUAUCGAUAACAGUAUUGCAAAUUUUUCUGUUGGUGAUAUAACCGAUACAAUUGUCGCACUUGGAUCAGUAGCGCAGGGAGAAUGCCUUAGUGAACUUCAAGUGCACUGUAUCAAUGCAUGGGAUUUUGACUCAAGACAGUGGAACAUAACGCUGCCUGAAAAAGAAUCUAUCGAAAACAUUGUUAUAGGGAAGAAAUUUAUAGUUGUAGCUACAUCGGAACGAUAUUUCCGAACCUUUUCUCAUGCGGGGACUCAGAAAAUAGUAUUUUGUUAUGCAGGACCACUGCUUACGAUGUGUGCAUUCGAAGAUGUGUUUACAGCAGUAACAGUGAAAAAUUGUGCUUUUUAUGAAAAUGACGGGUCUCAAUUUGAUUUUGUGGCGAACAUUUACAAAAUGAAUAUCGAAGGCUGGUAUCAGUGUCAGUCUUUGGUGCAGUCUGUUCCAAUCAGCGUGAGUAAGAAUAGCAAAUUGGAUUGGAUUGGCUACACAAAUCGUGGGACAUUGUGUGUGAUGGAUAGUUGUUGUCGGAUUCUUUCUUCUUGUGGUGUAUGGAUUCCUGUUUACAAUUUCUCUAGUUCACUGAAGACCAAGUCAGAUCAUAUAUUUCCUAUAAGCUUUAUCGAUUUCCCGCAAUGUGAAAUUCGUUAUUUGUAUUGUCGAGGAACUUCAUAUCCAUUAGUUGAAAGUCGCUUAGUCCCUGCUGUAGUUAAAUGGGUGCUUCCUUUAUGCAAUCAGGAUUCAGAGAGGUCAAAAAUUGAAGAGAAGCUUUUGUUCACUGAAAUCCAACGAUCUGCUUUGAAUGAUGGCGCUGAAAAUUUGGAGAUUUCGACGAGUUAUACGAAAGAUGUAGUUAAAUUAUUUGCUCUUGCUUGUAAAGCAGAUCGUCAGUGCCGCGCUGCUGAAUUUGCAGAAUAUUCCUGUUCUGACAAAGUUAUCCAGUCAUUGUGCAAUUUCGCUUCAAAGACCCGACAUCCUUUACUUGCAGAAAAGGUUGCGGAAAUUGGAAGAAUAAAUGCCGAAAAGAUGAAAAAAAAGAGCGACAUAGAAAGGAAAAGAAAUGCUUUAGUUAAUGAUAAGAAAGAAGAUGAUUUUCUAGCUCCAAAACGUCUUAAAGAAAUAGAAAAUGAAUCUAAUAAUGCUUCGAACAAAGUGACUGUGAAAACGAUAGAAAAAAAAGUGGAACCAUUGAUAAAAAAACAUGAUACUGAAUUCGAAUCAACUCCAAGUAGUGAUUCAUCUUCAAUAUUUGUACCUCAAAAGCAAUGUCCUCUUUCCAAUCCUUACAAGCGAAAAUCUCAAGAUAUAUUUGAACCUAAAAAUGAUGGCUUCUUCGAUUCAUUAGCCUCGCCAUCUUCCAACCUCCGGAAAUUAAAGGAUGAUAGUAGCGAAUGGAAGAAAAUAAAGUGCAAAUUCAGGGAACCAAUUAAGAAAGCAACAGGAUUCGAAUUAUGGUUAAAAUCUUCGGAAGAUGAAUUAAAAGCAAGUCAUGACGGAAAAGAAGAUUUUCUAAAAUAUGCAACUAAGCAGUUUCGUAAUUUGAAAACUGAAGAAAAGCAGCACUGGAAUCAUUUGGCUCGAAUGGAUAAAGCUUGUUGA